AUGCCCGAGACUUCGCAGGGGUUUUUAGCCGGCCACGGAAGCAGCCCGGCCGUCGGGCUGGGUUGCGACCAUGGCAAAGUCUACUCAAAUAAAUACCGCCGGCCACGGAAGCAGGAAGCCUUCCUGGUUCGCGACUUUGACGCGCCCAGUCAAGUCGACCAAGCCCAGCAGCUGACGGGACCCAGCAGCAGUAGCAGCAGUUUCGCCAGAUCACUCCCGCAGCUUCCAGCACUCCUGCAGUUUCCAGAUCACUCCUGCAGCUUCCAGAUCACUCCUGCAGCUACCAGCUCACUCCAGCAGGUUCCAGCUCGCUCCUACAGCUUCCCGCAGUUUCCAGCUCACUCCUGCAGCUUCCAGCACUCCUACCGCUUCCAGCUCACUCCUGCAGUUUCCAGCACUCCUGCAGUUUCCAGCACUCCUGCAGUUUCCAGCUCACCCCUGCGGCGCUCUACUGACGUCCCGCUACCUAUUCCAGCACCUGCUGACGAUCUAAUCCAGUGCCCACUGACGUCCAGCGCCCGUUAA